CCUAGCACUGAAGAUAACAUUACCACCUCACCCAUCAGUGUUAUAAUGGCCAAGAAGAAAGGUAAGAAGCUGCAGUCCAAGACACGUAUUACUGAUACAGUGGAGAGCUCACUGUUUGAAGCUGAAAUAGAGGAAGCCACCGAGUCAGCAGUAGCUGCUCUUUCUAUGAAGAGGUUCAGUCCUGUACCGACUGUGGUUAAUGCUAGACAAGAUGUGAUGGAGAAUAUUCUGAAAGUCCUUCAAGAGCCGACUGAGACUAUGUACAAGGGGCUGAGUCAGCGGGCCCAGAACGAACUCAGUCCUCAAGAGGUAAGAGAACUGAGAGAGUUGUUCUCCAUAUUUGAUAUUGGAGGAAAAGGUAGACUCUCGUAUCCUGUCCUCAGGAAGUCUCUAAAGACUAUGGGGUUCUCUGCUGAUGACAAAGAGUUACUUGGAGCCAUAGCGGACUGUAAUAUAGCGGUGGACGAGGGUGUUACAUUCUCACAGUUUGUAGAUAUUGUCCUGAUAGAACAAGGAGACAGUUUCGAUGUUUACGAAGAGUUGAUGUCUGGAUUCACUGCUAUGGAUAUUGAGCGUAACGGUAAAAUAACGGCACAAUCACUAAAGAAACUCUGCAAACGGCUUGAUGAGGAUCUCUCCCAAGCCGAGAUAGAGGACAUGAUAUCGGAGGCAGAUAAGGACGGUAACGGAGACGUCUCACACAAAGAGUUUAUAUCAGUCAUGCUAAAAACCAACUUGUUCCGGGGAACCACAGCUAACUUCAACUCUUGUAUUGCUGAGAAUAGGAGGGAAUCUCAGAGGAAGGAGUCUCUAUUUUCUUGAUUAUUGUCACGUGUCCUGAUUGUUAAUUGAGAACUUAUGAUUCUUUCUCUGAAGUUUACCUGACUCCUGCCAGGUGACACUUUGAUAACUCCGCAUGACUGCAUCCGUAAUAACUACCAGAUCGAUUCCUUAUUUAGUGGGUAUAUCAGAUUCAUCAUCCAUCGUCUCUAGACUCUAAUCGAUGUAAUUUCAGUUAACUUCCAAUAUUACAACAUGCUAUAGGGUGAGCUCUUGACAACUUCUAAGUUAGUUUAUUUGAUACAGUAACUGGUAGGUGUGUAUCAGUUAUUGUUGUUAUGUGUAUUGCGGAGCUGUGGAGCUGUGGGGUUUUGUCUGUUUAUUGGGGGUAAUCCUGAGAUGUUGUUAUUCUAGUUUAAAAGAAACGUACUACAGAGUUUCGCACUAUUUACCUACUGUAGUGAAAAUGAGUAAACCUAGGACAUUUCAGCCAUAAAUUGUAACUUUUACACAUUCACAACACAGAAAUUGUAAAUAAUUUAUAAAAUGAUUGUAGAUAAGUGUAUAAUAAUGUAAUUUAUUGUUCUUAUAUAAUA